AUGAAUGAACUCCAGGAACCAUUUGAGCUUGUGAAGAUUUCUGAAAACUCUUUCAAGAGUAAGCACUUUCUUACCAAGCCUCAUCCUUCAGUGAGAGGUGUUUACGGUGGAAAUUUAGCUGGACAGGCUGUACUUGUAGCCAUUAGAACAGUACCAAAAGGAUUCGUGCCACAUUCUUUACACUCCUAUUUUGUGAAAGCAGGGUUACCUGAUAGAGAUUUCUUUUGGGAAGUGGAGAGAUUGAGCGAUGGGAAAUCGUUCUGCAACCGAAUUGUCAAAGCACUUCAAGAUGGUGAAGUGAAGUAUGUAGCACAAAUUUCGCUUACUACCAAAAAUUCUAUGAAACAACAGCAAUCUGCAUACGAAGAAUUCAAGAAGAAAGUUUCUUCAGGAGAAGCGGAUGAAGAUGACGAUAUUCUUCCAGUGUCAAAACCUGUUCAUUUUGGAAGACCAUACCCAAAAUGGCUAGGUAAAUAUUCGCCAGAUGAAAUUAAGAUUAAUCCUAGAGUUGAUAAUAGACAUAUUUCACAUAAGUUACCUCCAGAAAUGACAGAUUUGGAGUUAACUCGUAAGGAUGAGGAGAACACUCCAGCAACCGAAAGGCAGCUUUCUUAUUUUGUAAAAUGGGGUAAUCAAAACAAACCUGAUUUGAGGGCCGCAGAUUUAGACGAAUUUAGAUAUACUGGUCUCGCUUUUAUUUCAGAUUCGAUCUUCUUGACAAGAAUUGCAAGAGUGUUGAGGAUCCCCAACUUGGACCAUGGCCAGAUGGCAUUUUAUUUUUCAGUUUCGUUGGAUCACAUUAUUUAUUUCCAUGACUCUGAUUUCGAUCCCACUGAAUGGAUGAGUUUCAGUUUCAAUGCCGUUAGAUUUUCAAACGAUAGAGCUUUAAUUGAGGGAGAAUUCUUUGACAGUAAGGGUAAGCAUAUUGCCAGUGUUAUUCAAGAAGGAAUUGUGAAGCUUGGACACUUGAGUGAAAAAGCUAAGUUAUAA